AUGAACCAAUCAGUCACACGUCGUUUCGGUUCUGAAAGUCAUGAAUCGGUGUGGGGUAGCUUACCCUUGAUCAACAAAUUGACGUUGUCUGCAAAAGCAGCAUCAUGGACAAAGAAGAUGUUGAACAUGGCUACCACCGGCACUCCCAGACUUAGUUUGCGAGAUACCAAGAAGGCUACUUCUAAAUGGAUGAUCGAAGCGUGCGACGACGAUGACGACAGGAGCCCUAGGUUAUCUGAGGAUAAAGCUCUAGGUGUUUUUGCCGAUAUUUUACAUCGAUCUGUUCCUCGUUUAUUGUCUGCCACCGACUCAAAGACAGUAGAAGACACGUUUGUACAUAACGCUGUGUCCGAUCUGUUGUAUGUGGUAUUCGGAGAAGACCAAAAGUUGCUGCAUGAAUGGGCAAACAAAAAGCUGCCCGACAAUGAAGUAAAUAUAAUGAUGAAGCCCGAUUUCAUGGCAGCAACCAAGCCAGCAAAAAGAACAGUAUACCUGUUCAGCGUCGAGAUCAAACCGCCCACAAAAACCUCCGACGAUGACGUCUGUGAAGAUUGGAUCAAAUUAGGCAUUCAAAUGAAGACGAUGGUGCACACCUUGGAUCUUUGA